GUUUGUAGCUUUAGAAUCUAAAUAUUUGUUCUUUUUCAUAGCCAAUAACUAGUCACCUAAUUAUGUACUGAAUUCUCCAAAGAUAGUCAGAGUAAAGACUUGUGGAAACAGAUUACACUCAUAGAUGUGUUUGAAAGAAGUUCAGGCUAUGAAGGUAUUUUUUAUUGAUUUCAGAUUGCUAUAUUGUUAACUUUUUAAUUCAUAAGAAUGUACUAAUUUUAUUGUUUUUUUCAAUUUAGCAGAGGGUCAUAAAACAAGCCAAAUAAAUCAAGCUUUGGUCUACAUGAUUUGCAAAGACAACAUGCCUGUAUCAUGUGUGGAAAAAUCAGGAUUGAAAAGAUUUAUGAGCGUCAUUUGUCCACGCUAUAAGGUUCCAUCACGAACUACAAUAACUGGCUUAAUGGAACAACGAUAUGCUACUACCAAAGCCAUUGUACAAAUGAGCAUCCUCUCCCAGGCAUCCACACACACACCACACGAUCACACCACAUCAACUUCACAACAUUGACACGCACCUUCAUCAUACCCACGUCACAAACCACCAAAGCUUACAUUCCACCCUUAACCGCGACUGGCACGCGUGGGCAAACACCUCGAACGAGCGUUUUUCUUUAAUAUCCAGUUUUUUCGGCAGUUAAAUCUACAGUUUUCCGGCAAUUAAUAUCCAGUUUCCCGGCAGUUAAAUCGCCAGUUUUUUCGGCAAUCAAUAUGAUAUGGUGACAUUGACAGCACGAAGAAUGUAUCAGGCACACACUGCUGAUUAUAUAAAAGAAUGCUUUGAAAAUAUUACCGACGAGUUUUCAAUAGAAAAGGGUUGCAUCUUAUCAAUUACCACUGAUGGUGGUGCUAACAUGGUUGCUGCAGUGAAGAAAUUUUUGGAAGAUGGAAAAAUAAUUCCUUGCAUGGCACAUUUGUUGAAUUUAAUAGUGGAUGGCGCAACAAGAGAUAAUGCACCAGUUCUUCAAAUUGCCAAUCGGGUCAAAGCCAUUGUAACAUAUUUCAAACAAUCUGUGAACGCAAUGGAUGAUUUGCGAAGAGAACAAAAGGGACAAAAGAAAGAGGGAGAAGAAUUAACACUUAUACAAUCAGUAAGCACAAGGUGGAAUUCUUGUCUUGAUAUGUUGGAAAGAUUCAAUACAUUAUCAGCUAUUGUGGCUAAGAUUUUGGCAACCAGGCGGAACGCACCUGAUAUGAUAACUUCUUCAGAGUUAGGUGUCAUACGAGAUCUGAUAAUAUUGCUUACCCCAUUUAAGCAAGCUACUGAAGAAAUUAGCGGCGAUCAGUACGUGACUUCAAGUUUGGUGAUUCCCAUUGCAAACUUACUUCAGAGAGGCCUUGAACAAGUAAAACCUUUCACCGAAUUUGGUAUUGCUGUUCAGAAGAGUUUGCUAAAUUUAGUUAUUGCAAAACUAGAACCACUAGAGCGACAUUUACAUCUGGCCAAAGUAACAAUUUUAGACCCACGCUUUAAGCGUAUCUAAAAUGAAUACUAGCUAGCUGUUACACUGCAAUAACCGAACUGUCAAAAGAAAUACAUUUAGAACAUAUGUAGACGUAAAGGACAACUUUCGCCUGAACUCAGACCCACUCGCACUACCAUAAUUCCAAAUUCCAAAAAUUCUUCGCCGUCGUUGUGGUGCGGACAUGAAAAAAUUAUGAUAGAUAUUGCUGCAGCUUCAGCAAAGCCUUUACUUUCAACUUCAACCUGUGAUGGCAUGCCUAGCGAACUAAAGCAAUAUCUAGAUCAGCCUAUAAUACCCAGAAAAGAGAAUCCAACAAAAUUCUGGUUUGAUUGUCGUCAUUUUACCCCAGUCCUUUCCGACAUAGCUCUAAAGUAUUUGAUAUCGCCUGCGUCCUCGGUUUCCUCGGAGAGAGUGGCAUCUGCUGUGAAUCUCGCAGUACCCAAUAACAGAAGUCGGCUUACAGCCGAGCACGUAAAUCAAAGAGUUUUUCUUAUGUCUGUAUCAGAUAAAUAUUGGUUUGAUUAAUAAAUAAUUAAUGUUUUAA